AUGAGUUAUAAGCCAAUAUCUAACGAUUAGCACCCCUUGGACAUAGGAGAUGAAGAUGGAGAAUUAGAUAUUGUAGUCAAGAGAUAGGAAAAGCCUAGGCAUAGUUAAAAAACAUUAUUAAUCUGGAUUGUCAUUGUCACUUUUCUUGGUGCCAUUCUAAUAUACAUUGCUUAGAGUGAUUCAACAGGCAAUUAAUAAAUUAAAAAUGGCAAAAACAAAGUUUUAAAUUUCACAAAAGUGAAUAAAACAAUUAUUCCUGAUAAAAAUGAAAAAACAAUGGACUACUAGGGAGAUUAAGUUAAAGUUGAAGAUAAGGUAAAGGUAGUAAAGAUGAAGAAUGAUUCAUAAACAAAUUCAGAAAUUAAAAAUGAUACAUAGAAUAUCUCAACUAAUGACGAAGAUGAAGAAGAAGAGAGUUAAGGUGAAGAAAAUAGCAUAGAUUUUGAAGAAUUAUAAAAAUAAACAGAUUAAUUAAAUAAUGAAAUUAAAGAAUAUUUCAAACACAAGAAUGAGACAGAGAAUGAACAGACAGUCCAAGAAGGUUCUAGGGAUCCGAGAUAUAGUGAAAUAUUAUGUGAAAGUGGUUAUUACAUGAAUAGAGAGGAAAAGAUAUGCAAGAAAUGUGAAGACAGAUGUGCUGAGUGUAUGCAUAUCAUUGGAACUUGUUACAAGUGUUAAAGUGAAUUCUACUUAAACAAUUAUGGGAAAUGCAUUUAAAAAUGUGAAGGAAAACAUGAUUCAAGUAAUCUAUUAUUAUCAGAUGAUAAUAAAAAUUAAAGCAUUCCCAUUUGUUUAGGCAACAAUCACACCUCUUCACUCUUUAUGGCAGUUCAAAAGUCUAAAAACACUCAUUUUGUAUUGCCUUACUUGAUCAUUCAUCCAGCAACUACUGUUUCAUUAAUGUAUCAUAACAAUUACCCUCUUGUUUAUUAUUUCAAUAAGGACAUCUUCAAUUUUGAGGAGGAGAUGAAAUUGACUGACAUUAUCACUUAAGCUCAAGAAAAAUAAUUGAUUGUUAUUAUAAUCGCAUCUCAUACUUUGUAUGAUUUCUCUUUGUUCAAUACCUUUUUAUUUUAAGAGGCUGUAUAAAAUAUCGAACAUUUGGUCAAAGCAAAAAGUUCAACCUUCAGAUCCUUUUUCGGUCAAGAUUACAACGCAUACGGAGUGGUCAGAGAAUAUUAAUCGUAGUACAAAAACAAUUCAGUCGAUUUGGUGAUCUCAGAUGACCCUGUAGAAAUAGAUCAUGAAUACUUGGAAUCUAAUUUAUUGGUGACUCAUGAACAACAUUAUACUGACUAUAAUUUUGAAUCAUUAUAAGGAGCUUAAUCAUCGAAGACAACUGUGAUUUUGUUAUUCCACACAAAAAAUGAAUAAGAUCAGAAGGAUUACUGUUCAAGAUUUCUGUAUGUCUCUUUCUUGCAAUGUGCAGUAAGAGAAAUUCAAAUAGAUCACACCCAAAGAAUGAGAUAAGGAUUUGAAUUAAUUUCAUAAUUUGUUGUAUAACCAGAUUUAUGA